CCCCUCACUCUUCACACUGCUGAGCUGGGGGGAGAGAUGCGUGCUGAGCGGUAACUGACAGAUCGCUCUGCACACAUCUCUGUAGUGCACACUGGCCUUGAGGUUGCCCAGAGCAACCAAUCAUAUUCAUAAUAUUCUAUCUAUUAUCCUCUAGAAGCAGCUAGAUACAUUUUAAGUAGAAUCUGAUUGGUUGCAAUUACAACAUCACCAGUUCUAAAAAAAAAAACCUCCCACCUUAGUAAAUUUACCCCACUGUCCCAGUAUCAGGUGAGACCUGGGAACUCCCGAAGCAGAGACUACUUUCCCCCUAGUCUUUACUCUGUUGAUAUAAGCAUACACAGGGGUAUAUUUACUAAAAUUCGUAUUUUUCAGAAUGAGAUUAAAGUUCCAACACGAAUGACAUCGAAUGUGUAAAGUUGCAACUUUUUGAAUUUAUUACGACUCAUUUACUAAGCUGUCGUAUUUUUCAUAUUCGUGUUUUCCGAUGUCGAUGUCAUUCGUGUUUUUCAAAGGUAGAAUGCGGCCAAUUUUGAUGAUUUGCGGCCGUGUUAUGAGAUUUUUUCACGACUGCGUCAUUUUUCGUUUACGGCAGUGUUUAUCCGUUCCCGGACGCGUUUUUUUUCUAAGUUUCGUUUUUGUCACUCGUCCGUGAUUGGUUUGAUUCGUGAUGGAGGAGUGUCUGUGCUCAUUACUAUAAAACCGCCCCAAACCGUCCGCACCUCGUGGGUUUAGCUAGUGGAGAGGUGAGAGGAAGGUGUGUUAGGAGUUGGUGAGUUGUUUGGAGUUUUUGGCGGUUUUGAGGAGGUUAUUUGCGAUUGUUGAGUGCUGUACUGUGUGUGUAAGUAGUCUUGUCAUACUUGUUGUGUAGUUAUUUAAAAGUCUGUCUAGUUUUUUGUCUUUGGUUUUUUUUUUAACAUCUAUUGUCAUUGUUUGUGAGUGAGUGAGUGUGUGUGUGUGUGUGUGUGUGUGUGUGUGUGUUUGGUGUGUGUUUGGUGUGUAGUGGUAGUGGAGGAGUGUGUUUAGUGUUUUUUUUUAUCAGUGUUAUUUUGUUGUCUGUCCUGAUUAUGUCCCAGUCAGAGGUGAGUGUGGUGGAGGAGGUGAGUGAGAGGGAGGAGGUGAGUGAGGAGGAGGGGGAGGUUGCUGCUGUGGCCUCCAGUAAUAGUGACAGUGAUGGUGCUGUGGCUCCGCAGCCACGCACCACUACAAAGAUGGGCCGCAAUGUUAAAUUCAGCUACGCUGAGAAUAUGGCUUUGGUGCGGGAGCUGAUGAGGCAUCAUCGACAGCUGUUUGGCCAUGAUGCUGCAAAGGUUUCGUCACGCAGGAAGACUGUUCUGUAGGGGAAGGUUGUUGCGGCUGUGAAUAGUGAGGGUGUGGUGAGGCGGACCGAGGACACGUGUGGUAAGCGAUUCUAUGACAUCAAGCGCCGUGUCAAGGCUAAGAUGUCGAAGGAGGCUAAAUCAGCCCGCCAAACAGGGGGUGGACACUCCUUCCGAGCGUCCUAUCGGGAGUGGGAGGAGCCUGUGCGUACUCUGAUUCCGCCAGAAGUGGUUGGUGCGACUCAUGUCCGGGAUUCGGAUCGGCCAAGGCAGGAUGUACGAAAGAGAAGCAGCACAGCCAGGCCACAACCCACACUGCCAAGAGAUGCAGAUGCUGGCGAUGCAGGUUCUUCUUCAGCAAACCCCCCUCCACUAAGGCGCCCAUCACAGGGCUCGGAUCCUCAACAUAGGAGGACAACCAAGAGACGCCGUCUUGAGGCUGAAUCACCAGCAGCAUCCUCACCACCACAACGGCGCAUCUCCAUAGUGUCGGCCCUGCCACCACAAGCCAUUUUGGCCAGCCCACAAAGCGAGGAUCCUCAAUCCCCUCAGCUGUCUGAACCACCCAUCAUGGCCGAGGAUGCCCAGCCGGAAAGUGAUCAGCAGGAUACCUACACACUACACCUGCAAGCCAUAGAUCCUACCCAGACAACCACGCCGAAGGACAUACCCCAACCACCCCAAACAUCCCACAGCCCCCAAUUGAGCCCAACACCACCCCAGCAACAAAUGGCCCCCGAGUUUUGGAGCAGUUGGGCCACACAACAGGCGCAACACUAUGCGUGCCUGAACACCCACACCCAAUACCUUGCCAGUCUGCCCCAUCAUCUGCCGCGACUCAGUCGGAACUCAGGCAGACUGACAGUUCAGGUUGGCAGAAUUGCCAAUUCAAUGGAGCAGAUGAGGGCAGACAACACCCAAAUGCAAGCCAAUCUGCAACGCAUCAUGGAUGAGCAAGAGCGGCAGCAACAAGCCCUCAUUCAACUGAUUCAACACAACCAAAUGAUUAACGAAAACCUGUCCAGAAUUAUUGCAAACCACACUGCCGCUAAUAGCCAACUCACUGCAAGCCUAAAUAACCUCAGCCAAAGCCUUAAUGUGUUGGCAUCACACCAACUAAGCUCUAGCUCGGGAACAACUACACCAAGCCAGACCCCACUUAACUCCCCAGUUAGACGCUCCAGCAGAACCAGGACCAACGAACCAGGGCAAUCCUCUGCACCCAGCACACACACACACACACACAAAAAAAAAAUAAUGACGCCUGCAGCAAAUAGUUUGUUACAAAUAUUGUUUUUUGAUUUGUUACACAAAAAAUGCCUGUGUUCAAGGUAAUAAAUUAUUC